AUGAUAACGAAGGCAAUAGAAGCUAGUGGAACAGUUACUAUUACAACUGUAACCCAGCAACUAUUUCGAACAAAGAUGGAUUUUAAUGAAUGUUUCAUUCAUCCAAAAUCAUUCUCUUUAGACCCUAACAUUUAUACAGAACUUGUAGAACAUUAUACAAACGAGGCUUUAUGUUUUCCUGUUAAAGUUAUGGAUUGGAUUCCUAUGGACGGUUCAUUCUCAAAGAAUACAGAUAGUUCAAGUGCAACAUUUACAGCAGCUUAUACGCCUAUUAAUGUUAAAAGUAUUUGGGCACUAUUUAGAAAGAAAGACAACUAUUAUGUUAAUUUUGAGAACCCUAAGUUUAAAUAUCUUCAGCUUUCCAUGGGAGCUUAUGGAAAUAUGCCUGCAGAACCUGAAAAAUCAUAUGGACCUGUAUUUUAUGAAAUGGUUGCGAACGCUUGCAAUACAAACAAUGAUAUGAUAGGAUUUAAUGAAGAUGUUAUGAGGUCAUUGGUGGAUGAUGGUAGUGUGGAACAUAAAUGGGAUAGCUAUGACAACACACAUUUCUUAUGUGGUUUUCCAACAGAAGUGGACUUUUGCUUCCAGCAAG